UUGUACGCGACAAAUGGUUGUAUCGAAAACAUGAAGAAAGUAUAUCUCGCUGCUAUAGCAGGAAAUCUAGGUUCGCUGUCAGCGGGGUUAAAUAUGGGGUGGGCAUCGCCAUCCAUGCCUUUACUGAUAAAUGGUGAUGAUGCUGGGUAUCCUGUGCGUUUGAACUUGGCAGGAAUCUCUUGGGUGACAUCUUUAUUUAUUCUCGGUGCUGCUCCGGGUUGUAUUAUUUCUGCAUUAACAGUAAAUACCAUCGGCAGAAAAAAAACUAUGCUAUCUUCGGCUGUGCCUUCGAUAAUUGGCUGGUUACUGAUAAUCUUCGCAACAUCAUCGUGGGAUCUAUAUAUAUCGAGGUUUUUAUCCGGAGUGGCUAUGGGCAUGAUAGUUACAAUCGCGCCGAUGUAUUUCGGUGAGAUAUCGCCGGCUGACAUUCGCGGUUAUUUGGGAACCAUGCUGAUAGUCGCUACGAAACUUGGUAUUUUGAUCGAGUUCACAAUAGGUCCGUUCCUUUCGGUGAGAAAUCUCGCCCUCAUCUCUUUGAUGGGACCUUGCCUGUUUGUGGUCACUUUCAUCUGGUUACCAGAAUCUCCGUAUUACUUCAUGCGCUGCGACGCCAAGCAGAAAGCAAUAAACUCCCUUGUUGAAUUGAGAGGCACACAGGAUGUCUACAAAGAGGCAGAUACUAUUGAGCAAUCCGUAAAAGCCGAUUUGGCUAACAAAGCUGGACUCCGUGAACUCCUAUUUGUGUUGGGAAAUCGCAGAGCUCUAAUAUCUUUGAUGUGCCUGGCCAUAUUUCAACAGUUGAGUGGUUCUCAAGCCAUAUUGCAGUAUGCUCAAAUAAUUUUCGAUAAGAUGGACAGUAAUCUGGAGGGCAAAUACUUUACUAUGAUAAUAGGCGUUGUGCAGUUAACUUGUACAAUCAUCUGCAUGUUCAUCACCGAUUGCAGCGGCAGGAAAUUAUUGUUGACGAUCUCUGCCAUCGGUUCGGCGUGCUCCACUGCCAUGGUCGCAACAUAUUUUCAUCUUCAAUACAAUUACGUGGAUAUCAGUAAUAUAACGUGGUUACCCGCUACAGGUGUAAUCCUAUUCAUAAUUAUGUAUGGCCUCGGUAUGUCGGCCUUACCGUUCACCAUGGCCAGCGAAUUGUUCUCCAUGAACGUAAAGGCUCUCGGUACUAUGAUAGGCAUGAUGACAAUGGCAAUUGCAGCAUUUGUUGUGACGAACUUAUAUCUGAUCAUAAGUGAAGCUGCCGGUGUGCAUACGCCGUUCUGGAUAUUUACCGCGUGCAGUUUCGUUGGUGCUUUAUUCACGUUUUUCUACAUACCUGAAACUAAAGGCAAAACGUUGGAACAGAUACAGAAUAAACUGCAUAAUCCGUCGAAAUGAAAAGAAUUUGAGAACGAAAUAUACUUGAACGUGUUAAUCUUCUCUCGA